AUGACUCAAGAAAAUGUUAUUACAAAAUGUGACGAAUUAACGAUAGUUUUAAAUCAUAUAUUGGAUCGUGAUGCUGAUCCGUAUAAAGCGCAAAAUCUCAUCGAUGAACUAGUCAAUAUGAGUUUUUCAUUGACCAAGGCUGAGACUAAAAAAGUGCUUCGUAGCAUUUUUUAUCCAUAUGGCACCCUCGUACUUACAAAUCGGCAUAGGACGCUCGCUAUGAAAAUGGCAAAACUUAUGGAAUGGUGGUUAAAAUCAAAAUCAAAUGAUGGAUCACAAAGACCUCUAAUGGAUUUAAUAUGUGAACAACGAAUCAUUUUAGUAAGAAAAAACUCCGAUGGUUCAACUACUCUCGAACAGCAAGAAAAUCCAAAUAAAACUAUGGAUCUCUCACAUUUGAUGUUGUUAUUUAAUGUUUAUGAUUGUACAGGAAGUGAAAUGAAUGCAUUAAUCAAACUUCUCAUCGAAUGUUUACUAUAUACAGAAAGUAAACUGGGUGAUAUGCGACAAUAUUUAAUUGAACCGGACUGCUUUAAAUGUUUAUGGCUACUUUAUUUCGAUCCAUUACGGAUUAAACGCGUUCUUGAAGGUGAUGAGCUAGUACAAAGAGAAGCAGUUAACAAAGAAGAAUACCAAUCUUCAUCAAAACAUCAAAUCUAUAUUCAAUGGACAGAUGAUCUUAAAGAUAAAUAUAUUGAUGGCAACAUUACAAAACGUCAACGUGUCAAUAUGAUUGUUCAUGAAGCAUUGAGUGCUUGCAAAAGAAAACAACAGCUACUAUCACUAUUGCAAAAGAUACAAUUCAAUCGAAGCCAUACGAUUUAUGUAUUGCAAACUUGGAUAAAUUUAUUUCGUCAUUUGAUUAGUAUAAAAUAUGUAGAUAUUGAGAUAAUUCAACUUCUAUUCGAACGUCUACCAGAUCUGAAUAUAAUAAAUGCUUCUGCUGAAUUAAAUCAAUUAAUUCUUGAUCUUCUUGAAAUGUUACCACAAUUUAAUGAUGCAGAACAACUAGUUUAUGUUGGAAAUCAAAUAGUUCGAAUGAUUCAAAACUUAAUGGUUAGCGAAAAACUAAAGAAUAAAAUCGAGCUUGUCGAAGAAUUAAUGAAAAGAAUUUGUGCAAGUACGCCUGUGAAUAAUAUACAAGGUCAUUAUUGCUUCUUCUUUUUACUCAAGGAUCUUAUUCCAUUUUAUGAUAAGCAUAAUGAGAUUCGAUUAAUUAAAAGAAUUGAUCACGAAACAAUAUUAUGGUAUGCUGAUGACAUUCUACAGAAAAAAACUGUCAGUCAACCAAUGGCUGAACAUUGCCAGACUCUUUUAACUCUAUUGCAAUAUGUAACAAUGUAUACUGACGAUAAUUAUCUGGAAGAUUGGUUUCAACGUAUUCAACUUCCAAGUCAUCAAAAUGCUGAAUUUAUUUUUCAAAUGAUAACAUAUUCAAUUUAUUCAAGUAGUACAUUAGCAACUUACGUACGACAAAUUACAGAUGAAAAAAUCAAUGAGUUUUUGAAAUGUAUUCAAAUACCGAUAGCUUUCAAAUUUAUUUCUAUUUUAUUAACUAUCAUUGAAGCGUUAGUUAAUAGCGCACAAGCACAUAUUAUUCUUUUUCGAUCGGAUGAUUUCCAUCGAAUAUUAGAAGAUUGGCUACUAUCAGAAACAUCACCAUCAAUAAUCAUGCGGCUUUUAGUAUUAUUAUUUAAUGUUGCUGAUUCCGGACAUAAUCAAUAUUCUGUCAAAAUUGCCGAUUUUUUUCUUGGUAAUUAUGCAUCCAAAUUUUUUUCAAUUCACUUCGAAGAUCAAAGUCCAUUUGCUAGUAUUAUUCGUUUUCUUUUAUCGAUUUCGAAUAACAAUCAAAUCAAUGGUUCUUCUUUACAUGAUAAAGUUGGACAUUUAAUCAAAGAUCUGUUUCUACAGAUUGAAGAAAUCAUCGAUGAAGAUGAUGAUAAUCUUUACAAAACAUUCUCAUUGCAUCUGCUUAGUCUCAGUAAUGAGAUUACUGACGAACAAGUACGAACAAAGCUUGUUAUAUUACUUUCACCAUUCAUACCCGAUAUGAUGGCUUUACUAGGUCAAUCUGAUCAAUUAAAAUAUGCAAGUAUCAAGCUUCUUGGUAAGAUACUUGAAUUAUCUGAAGACGAGCAUUCUUUAUUUGCUGAAAAUUUUCAAUAUGGUUCUAUACAUGAUGAUACACUUAAUCAUACAAAUGAUACUCUACAACAGCAACAACAACAACAGCAACCCAAUAAUCUCUUCUUCAGCUCAGAAGUGGCAAAUCGAUUAGAGAUUCCUCUUGUACGGCAUAGUGAUUUUAUUCAUGGAAAUCAAUUCUUGAAGAAAUUAGAACAAGUUGAACAGCGAAUAGGUGAUAAAUUGCUUCGUGAACGUUUAACACAACAACGUUCGGAAAAUUUAAAUCUAUCAAUCAAAGACGACCAAUUCAACCAUCUUGUUCUCACUCCGACAACUUGUGAAAAUAUAUUUAAAGUACUUGAAGUACUUGAUGAUCCAAUUCCAAUACUACUCGAAGGUAACACUGGCGUAGGUAAAAGUGCUACUGUCAUGGAAGCAUUUCGACAAGCAUGCAUGUGCAAACCUCAACUACAAUCUCGUACAUUUUUUCGAUUUAAUAUGUCAUCGCAUGUUACCGUUGAUGAUCUUCUGGGCAAAGUGAUGCUUGCGUUCGAUAAAGAAACAUGUAUGACAAAUUUUCGAUUUGUUCAUGGCCUAUUUACUAGAGCUUUUGUGAAUGGUCAUUGGAUCCUAUUUGAUGAACUUAAUCUUGCUCAAGACACUGUUCUUCAAGCCAUUGAAUCAGCACUAGAUACACGUCGUCUAACCAUUAAUAAUAAUAGUUCGACUCAAGAUUCGAUAAUUGUUUACCAAAUGCAUGAUGAUUUUCGAUUGUUCGCUACACAAAAUCCUAGUACUGGCUUCUUUAAAGACAAACGUGAAAAAUUAUCAAGUUCAUUUCUCAGUCGUUUUCGACCAUUGGUCUUUACUGAAUUACCUGAUUUUGAAUGGCGUGACAUUGUUCAACAACGACUAAAACCUUAUCUCGGCAAUGAAGCUGAUCAAUAUGCAGAUUUACUCGUGACUAAUUUCAAUAACAAAAUAAAAGAAGCUUUAUACGAUUCAAGAAAAGGGUUCGCUGAAUCUGGACCUUAUGCUGAAAUAUCUAUUCGUGAACUAUUAAAAUGGGUUAACCAGCUGAUUUGGCAAAAACAACAUGGAUGUUGGCCAACUAAUGCACAGGAUCGUGGAAAUAUGCUCAGUUUUAGUGCGUGGUGUAUCUAUGGUGCACGAUAUCGUACUAAUGGACGUACUAUUGUUGAAAAUAUUCUUACUGACAAUGGAAAGGGUGGCUGGGGCCGUCCAGCUCUCCAAAAUAUAUCUAUUCGUGUUGAUCAAAAAGAAGAGAAAAUCUUUCUCGAUAAUAUUCAAUGUUCAGCGCGCAUUAAAAUUCAACCAAUUGCUAAUCCUGAACUUGAAUGGUUCAAUGUUUUUAAGAUGGCUGGUCUCGAAACCAUAAAAUUCAAUGCAGACAUUUGGACCAUCGCAUUCAAAGUUCACAAUGCUGUUCAUAAAAUGUUGAUAAAUAUUGACUUUAUCUAUUUACAUGGUAUCUAUCGUAUUGAUUAUUCUUGGUUAUGGCAUUGGCUUACUUCAGCUGCUCAUCAUCUUAAUCAACGAAAUGAGUUUGGUAUACACGGCUGUAAAUCGUACAUAAGUCGUUUUCGCCAUAUCAAAGCACAAAAUAAAGUGCGCUCAUGCUUUAUUGAACAUUUCGAAGAUGCCAAUCUAUCGGAAAUAACAUCAAAAGAUAUAAUGAUACAACCAGAUAUGCCAUAUAUCCUUACAGAUCGUACCUUACAAACAAUGAAACAAGUCUCUUUCGAUAUGAAUAUUAAACAACCCAUAUUAGUUACGGGUCCAGAAGGCUGUGGUAAAUCUGAUCUUUUACUAGCUCUUACUUGGCUUAAUGGCCAACAAGUGAAUCAAUUGAAUAUUACACCAGAAACGGAACCAUCAGCACUGAUCGGUCAAAUUCUUCCAAAUGAAGCAAAAGAUAAAAAUGGUGCCAACAAUGGUAAAAUGUUAGAUUGGAACCACGGUUGCGUUACACGUGCUUAUAUCAAUGGGCAAUGGGCAUUACUGGAUAAUUUCAAUACAGCAGAAGCAUCCGUAUUAGAACGACUUAAUCCUAUCCUUGAAGAGAAACCAAUGCUUAUACUGACUGAAAAUGGUGAAAUUGACGAACAAAACAUGCAUGACGAUUAUCGUCUUUUCGCAACAAUGACACCACCUGAUUCACGUUAUUCAUCAUUGAACGUAGGCGAACUUUCACCAUCACUUUAUAAUCGUUUUGCUACUGUUCAUAUGAAUGACAUUGAUAACAACUCUGAUGAAUUACUUCAAUUAGCCAAAGGUCUUCUUUCCGAUGAUGUUGAUUCACAAUUAGCUGUUGAUCUUUGCCGAGAAAUCCUCGAUUUUUUAUCAAAAAAUGCGGCAAAUAUUUCUAAAGUAACUCUACGUAAUUUAGUACGCUUUUUUGAUAGCACAUAUCGUCUUUAUCAACGUUUUCAAGAUAAAUUUAAUUUUGUUUCUAUUCUUUGGACAGCUUAUCAUGUUACUAUUGUCAAUCAAAUUAAAGGAGAACAAAUAAAAAUUCAAAUGACUGAAUCAAUUAAAAGAUUUCUUCGCCGAAUGCAACCAAACUGCCAACUACGUCAACUACCAUUCACUGAUUGGAUUCAACAAACAGAUGAACAUAUUUUAACUUCAACUCGAUUGAAUUAUGCUAAUGCUGUAUUGGGUGCUGUAGCUUGUAAUAUUCCUCUUCUUUUAGAAGGUCCUGCAGCUGUUGGUAAAACGACAUUAAUUGCGCAUCUAUGUAAAACUCUUGAUAGUAAAAAAAUGAAUCACAUAUCAAGUCAACAAAAACCAAAACUUGAACGAGUCAAUAACACAGAUACAACAACAAUACAAGAUUAUUUAGGAACAUAUUUGCCUGUUAAUGAUGGAUUUAUUUUUCAAAAAGGUGCACUUUAUCGUGCAAUGGAAAAUGGUUGGUGGUUUCUUGCUGAUGAAUUUAAUUUAGCUGAUCCGUCAGUAAUGAAUAUACUUUUCCCAUUACUUGAAGGUAAAAAUUCGAUUAUGAUACCAACAAGUGGAAAGAUUAUAACAGCUAAACAAGGUUUUCAUUUUUUUGCUACACAAAAUGAUUCAUCUUAUGCAAAUAGACAUCAACUACCGAUAUCAUUACGUAAUCGUUUUCUUGAAAUACAAUUUGAUGAAUUUCCUGAAUCCGAACUAUCAGAAAUUCUUCUUCGACGCAAUCAAUCCGAUAAACAGAAACAAAAAAACUUAAUAAAUCAAAUAGCGAAUUCAUUAGCUUCAUUCUAUCAUCAAUUGAUUCAGACGCCAUCACGUAUUACAUUUCGUGAACUUAUCAAAUGGAUUCGUCGGUAUGAAUUAUUUUCAUCUGGAAAGGAUGUUUGGCCUAUGGUUGGCGCUUCGCUUCUAACAAGUAAAUAUCCAUUGGAGUCACCCAUACGACAAGGCCUAAUCAACGAUUUAAAAACGAAAUGGCCCAAUAUUAGCAUACCGACAGGUUCACAAAUCGAAAUAAAGGAUGUUGGCGGUGGACUAGUUCGGUUUCGAGAAAAUGAUCUUCAUGUUGAUGUUAAGACAAGCGUUCUCUCUCAAAGUAUCAUAUCAACAUGGCCUCUAACAUUUCAACGUACGUUAACUCGUAUUGCUCAAGCUGUUCAUGCCAAUGAACCUGUACUUCUUAUUGGCCCAACCUCAUGUAAAACAUUAAUUGUUGAAACAUGGACUCGAGUAUUGAAUCGAUAUGAUGAACUUGUCAUAAUACAUUUAACACCUGAAAGUGAAUCUGCGAAUCUUGUUGGUGAAAUUCAACCAUAUACAUUUCUUGAUCUACUUAAACGAUUGCCAGCAAUGGCUGAACGAGUUGUUCAUCGUUUUCGAAUUCUUUGCCAAAAUCAGAAUAGUGUUGGCAAAUUAUAUCCCAAUGAUGAAGAUUUUAUCAAUUCUCUUACGGAUUUAAUUACAAAAGAUUUUAACGAUGAAAUCGAUCAAUUUGAAAAAGAUUAUUCACAUGAAAAAGAAUUAAAUCAACAAAAGAAUGCACUUCAUAAUAAUUUUGCUACGCUCAGAGAAUACACUGAAUUCUUCAUGAUGCCUUCAUUUGAUGAAAAUUCUAUUGGUAAACUCGAAAAUAUGAUUGAAACAAUAACUAAUUCAACAGAACCUCAACGCAAGUAUACAGAUUAUGAAUAUUCUCCUCGUCUUUAUCGGUAUGAUGAUGAUGAUGAUGAUGAUGAUGAUAAUGUUGAUAAUCCUUUAUCUAAAAGAAAUCAGUCUACUAUGAAAUCCUAUGAAAAAUUGCAGUUAGAAGACGAUGGUUAUGAUGAUUAUGGAUCAAUCGAUAUAAUAUCAAAUACUACAAUCAAUAUCAAAGAUAACUCGGCUACUGAACCUAAUAUAUCUGUAUGUCCAAAAACAACUUGUGAGUUGUACGAUGAUUAUGAUUUAGCUUCUGAUGUUGAAGAAUCUGAAUCAGCAGCAACGAAUCAACGAGAUUCUAAUGAAAUUACAACAUCAACUCAAAACACUUAUCCAAAUCUUAUCAAUAGUGCGGUGGGGGCGGCGUCAUCAAAUGUAUUCGAGUCUCAUUUUGAAUCCCUUCCUAUUCGGACUGUUAAUCAAACUGAUUUUCUUCCUAAAAUUUACCAAACCGUUCGAAAUAUUCAACGUGGCUUUGAAAAAAUGAUUAUAGAUGUCAAUUAUUCUUCAUUUUGUUCUACAGAUGCAACACUUGUUGAUUAUCAAGCGAAAUUUUCUAAUGCAUGGGAACGACUCAGUGAUGAAAAGGUCGAUCGAACUAGACCAAUAUUUAUCUUUAAUGAUGGACCAGUAAUAACAGCAGCAAAACGUGGCGGGAUUCUUUUUCUUGAAGAUCUCGAUUUACCUAGUCAAGCAGUUGUUGAACGGCUUAAUUCAAUGCUUGAACCGGAUCCAACGUUAACACUUAGUGAAGAUGUUACAACAGUAGCCGAUAAAGGUCAACUUGAUAUAUCUCUUUCAAAAACAUUUCAAAUAUUUGCUAGUGUUCAUCAAGACGAAGCCCAUCAACUACUAAAAUUAAGUCCAUCGACACGAUCACGUUUCACCGAAAUUCAUGUACCAACUUACAGUAAAAAUGAAUUAGAAGAUCUCGUUAGAUUUGCAUUGAAUCAGCCAAAUUCAGAUACAAAUGAGAUUGCUAUAUUAGUUGAACAAAUGUUUUCCUUACGUGAAAAACUACGUACGGAUCCUGAAUGGAAAUUACAUAAUGAUAUUCAAUUAUUAUUUCGUUGGGUAGAUUUUAUUAAAAACCAUCACACGUCACUUUCAUUAACACAUCGAAUGUUACUCGGUGCUCGUUUUUUCUGUUUUGAUUUAUUAUCUACAGCACGACAUACUAUUCUGUUUGACGAAUGGCUAAGUUCGUCGGAAAAUUUUCAUAACCUUAAAGAAUUUAGUUUCAUUUUUAAACAGCCUGAUGCAUUAGAUGGCGCAAUAACACUCGAAUCAAUUCAAUCAAAUGAAAGAAUAUUUCCGUUUGAAGUCCACAGUGAGUAUAUUGGAUUACGUUAUACCGGUGUUCGAUAUUCAUGUAGAAAUGACAAAGAUCUACAAAUUAUUCUUAAUAAACUUCGUCAAGAUUUCUUCUGUGUACCAACGCCAACAUUAAUCAAUCAAAUUGCACGUGUUUUUGCUGCAACAUCAUCAAAAGCUCCUCUUCUACUCGUAGGACCACCAGGAACUGGUAAAACUCAAGUAAUAACACAAGUUUGUUCAUUGUUAGGCAAAGAAUGUGAAAGAAUAAAUCUUUCAGCAAAUACGUCACUUGAUCAACUUAUUGGUUGUAUCAUUCCACGUUGUGUAAAUGGUAUUCGUAUUUUUCAAUGGCAAGAAGGUCGAGUCUUAUCAGCAAUUCGAGCACAACAUUGGAUUCUAUUUGAUGAAUUAAAUUUAGCCACUCCAGAAGUCCUCGAAGGUUUAGCUCCAUUGUUCUAUCGUGGUAUAACUCAUUAUACAAUUCGUAGUACUGGUGAACGAGUACCCGUCAAUGAUGUUCUUAUUUUUGCUACAAUGAAUCCAUCAACAGCUGGUGGUGGUAGAAGUAAAUUGCCUCGCUCAAUUAAUAACUUAUUUACUAUUGUUCAAAUUGAUGAUUAUUCCGAAGAGGAACUUCGGAUUAUUCUCAAUCAAUUAUUUUCAUUUGAUCUUGAACAUAACAAUAUCAAUAUGGCACAACUUGAUCAAAUAUUUAAUAUGCAUGUUGCAUUUAAAUUACGUAUCAGUGAAGGUGCUCUUGGCCGAACAGAUGAGCCAUAUAAAAUAAAUUUACGUGACCUAUCAAAACUUCGUGAUGUUUUUCGUCAUUCAAUAGACAAUCAAUUAUCUCAUUAUGAAUUUCUUAAUACUAUUGUUGAUGAAAAUAUUAGUAAUGAAGAUAAUAAUAAUAAUGAGACAAGAAAAAUAACAAACGAGUUAAGUUCAACUUUAGAUUCAUCUACUGCACGUCUAUUAUCAAUAAGAAAAUUUGCACAAGUUGUUUAUGCAUGUCAAUUUCAAGGCGAACAAGAUUAUAUUAAAGCUUGUGAAAUAAUCAAUCGUAAAUUUCCCAUCAGUGAUAAAAUUGAAGAGAAAAAUUGUUCGAUUGAUAUGUCAUCACCAGCUGUUGUUCGGAUCGGAUCGAUUUAUAUCAAAACAGGUUCCGAAGAGCCAUCGACAACUGCUAAUAUUAAUUUAAUUCAUACAAAGAAAACAAUUAGUCAAUUAGAAUCACUAGCUGCCGCAUGCCAAUCGAAACGAACGAUUUUACUUGAAGGAGAUAUUUGCACACGAAAAACAACGCUCGUAAUAGAAUUAGCGCGUAUAACACGUCAUCGUUUAAUCAUAAUUCCACUUCAUGAAAAUUAUGAAACGACAGAUUUAAUUGGUUCUUGGUUACCGAAUGUUGAUCAAAAACGAGAACAUCCAUUAUUCAGUAAAAUUGAAAUAUUAUUUAAACAAAUUAUUAAACAAAUUCUUCUUCGUAUUAUACCAUUAUUAUCAGCAGAUCGUAAAGAAAAUGAAUUUGAUGAAUGUAAAAAAAUUCUACGUUCACGAACGUUGAAUGAAAAUUUAACUCGUGAUGAACUACUUACUAAUGAAAUUAAUGCAUUAAAAAACAUGAUUAAUUUAUUGAACAGGUUUAGUAAUGUACCUGGUGAUGAAGCAAAAAUAUACGUUUCAUGUUAUAUUCAACAAGCCAUGGAUUACAUGAAUAAACUUCGAGAAUUUCAAUCAAAUACAGCACAAGAAAUUGGUUUUACAUUUGUUGAAUCUGAGUUUGUUCAAGCUAUUCGUGAGGGUUGCUGGGUUUUAUUUGAUAAUGUUAAUAGUGCGCCAUCUGAAGGUCUCGAGAGAUUAAACUCAUUGACAGAAGAUAAUCCGGUAUUAUCAUUAUAUGAAUUUGCUGAUGGACAAAUUUUAACUAAAAAAGAUAAUCCAAUAAUAUCAUCGUAUAAAAAUUCCAACGGACAAAUUUUAACAGAGAAAAUCGGAAUCAUUCAUGAAAAUUUUCGUUUAUUUGCAACAGCUAAUCUUAAUCGAAUUUAUUCGAAUAAACUUUCAUCGGCAUUUCUUAAUCGAGUUAUUCGUAUUUGGUUACCACCAAUUGAUGAAUGUGAUGAAAAAGAUCCAACAAAAAGUGAUCUAUAUGAAUUAGUUUCUACUCAACUAAUGAGUAUUCCAGCUGGCAAACAACUUGCUCAUUUAUUACUUCUUAUACAUAUUCAUGUAAAGCAAUACGUUAAAGAUGGACAAUUGGUUUAUCCAACUGAUUAUCGCAUUAGUUAUCGUUUAUUAGAACAAUGUGUUCGAACAUUAAUUUCUCUCGUUAAUAAAGGAGCAACAAUACCGAUUUUUUCUUAA